UGUCCUUGAUGUAAGACAAAAGUACUGACUGCUGACUACUACUGGUAUUAGUGGUACCAGAGAAUUUGAGAGUGGAACAGUGGAAGAGGAGACCACAUCAUUUGACCUACGGGUUGGAAAUGUUUUCCGAGUGGCAGCUGAUUUUCUGCAAAUGGUCUAACAAAGAAUUCCCAUCACUCAUUGUCCACGUAUACAAAAAAAAAAAAUCUCCAUAUGAGCUAGACAUGAAAGGAAAGCGUCACUUUAAUGUCGUCUGCGCUUGAAGUGAUGGAGUUCACGUCAGGCCUCGGUCUCUGAUCUCUAACCCCGUCAGCUCUGAGCACAAUGAGCCGAGAACUGAGUGACGGGGAGCUGCGGGAUCUGUACUCCUGGGUGGACAAGAUCCCUCUGUCCCGACCAAAGAGACACAUCACCAGAGACUUCAGCGACGGAGUCAUGGCUGCUGAGGUUGUCAAACAUUUCUUCCCAAAGCUCGUAGACCUGCACAACUACGUUCCUGCCUUCUCCAGACCACAGAAGCUGAGCAACUGGGGCGUCCUCAACAGGAAGGUGUUUGCCAAGCUGAACUUUAAUGUUCCGGAGGAAACAGUGAAGAAGAUUGUCAUGAGCUCUCCAGGAGUGAUCGAGCCGGUGCUGAGUGAUCUCAAGGAGAAGAUAGAGUUCAAACUGGAGAACGGCACAGAGAACACACUGGGAUCGGAGUUGAGUGACAUCAGGAAGUUCGACAAAAACUAUACAGAGCUUCAUCAGAGUGGGGCGGUUCACAACAGAGGAGACAUGAAAAAGGACGACACCGGCAGGCUCAGAAACAAUCACAUGCAGCACACAGUGCAGUUUCACACGGACAUGGACCCGGUGGUUCGCAUAAUACUGCAGGAGAAGGAGCAGUCUGUGACGGCUUUACAGGAAACCGUAGAGAUCUUGCAGCUCAAGGUCAGCAAACUGGAGCAUCUACUCCACCUGAAGGACAUGCGAAUUGAGGAACUCACACAGCAUCUGGAUAUGUACAAGUCCAAUGGAAAAAAGCAGUGACGUUCCUGCAGAGACAGAAUUCAGAGUCUACGUCUGGAGUCGUGGAUCAAGAUGAAGUGUCACGGUCAAAGACACACAAUUUCAAGAAUAUCGUUGGAAUGAUUGAAAUCCAGGACAAACGGCACCAGCCGAACCAGAAAUGAGUUCAGUAGGAGUGCAGACACGUUGGACAAUGACAACUCCACAAACACACUGUGCAAGAAUAACAAUAACUGAACAAGCAGCACCGUCCGUACGAUUCUUCUUAUUUCCUGGGAUUUUUAUUUAUAUAUAGUGUAUAGAUCGGUUGCAUCUUUAUGUAUCGUUGUAUGACUGACUUUAUUCCACCUUCUGCUUCUUUCUACACGUCUCUGCCUUAACCUCUUAUCACCAUCGAUUGACACAAGCGUUCCGUAAGUUUCUUCUCAUUCCUUCACUUUCUUCCUAUUUCAUAUUCUUUUUUCCCAUUGGUAUUGUACAGCAGUUGUCUUGUGUAAUCUUCAAUUGCAAAAAGCAUUACACCCAUCUGCCUCAUCAUCCCUUCCUUUAUAUACUUUGAAUAUUUAUAUGAAUAAUGUGCAUGCUUCAUUGGCUGUAGAUUACAGUGUAUUAUUGUAGUAGUAAAGAAUAUAUAAAACACAAA